CGCCGUUGAAGGGGAUCGGGCCUCGGCGGAGAAGAUCUAUCAUGCACUCGACAGACGCCCGUUUCGGAGCUCCCACGACGUCGUAUCUGCAUUAUUAUUGCCCUGCUGUCUGCCGUUGCUGCCGCUGCUGCUGCUGCUGCACUGCCUGCUACAAAGGCCUACAUGUCCUCGAGCUCGACCGGUUCUCUGCUCCCGGACGACACUGGAGCCAGAUCCGCCAUGCCCUCCGCGUGAGCCGUGGUCACACACAGCAUGGACCGAGGUGUCUCUCCCUCCCCGAGCCCCUCAACCACCACCACCACCGCUCACCACGCCCGCGCCCACGCCCACGACCUUGGACGACCACGACGCGGCGUCGCAUCCUAUCGACUCUUCCCCAUUGUCGAGCCAACGCCGCCGCCCUCGCCCGCGCCCGUGACGCUGCAAAGAACCACUCUCAGCAGAGCCUCCGCCGGAUUCAGCCGUCGCCGAUCCUCAUCUUUGGACCAUGGAGCGAGGCCAUGUCUCCCUGCCUCGAGGCAGACAACACUCCCAGCGACCACCUCCCCUGCGGCUCGCAAAGGCAGCCUGCCUGACUUGCGCCCUCUUCACCCCCUUCGAGAUCGCGACCAAUAUGCCUCGCACCCUCCGGCAGGACGAGCGCUGAAAGCCGCUUCAGACGUCCGUGCCCAGGCCGAUGAAAACGCCCACACUCGUUCCAAUAGCGCACCGGGCGAAUCCUCUAAAUCAAACGCCAAAAUAAUAAUGGCCAACGACGUCGUGCAGUCCCAUGUCAACCAACACGCCGCACAACAAUCUUCCCGACGUCAACCUUCCACCCCUGUGCCACACGACAUCCGCCAGGACCAGGUUCACGCUCAGCGUCACAGGGCGAAACCGAAGCCUAAUCUUCGCAUUGCCAUUGCCAAGACUGAGAAAGACGAGAGCCCCCCACCACCACCGCCACCAUCCAAGUCACCAAGACACUGGAAGAACGACACCAAGUCGGAGAAUCUCCCCAAAAGAGACUCGCAUUCGCCUAUCUCACCUGCAACGCUACAAUCCUAUCUCGAUCUGCCUCAGACGCCGCAUAAUCCACCCAAACUCGCCCAGCAGCCGCCCCUCGUACCUCUCAGUGGAGGCGUGAAGGAUCGCGAGCUCACGGUAUCAUCGAUAUCGGCUCGUCCGCGAACUGCGUCAGAGCAAUCGCCAAAAAUGUGCGAUGCUGCCUCAACGACGCUCCAAGCCCCGGCAAGUAAAUUCAGUGCUUUCCCGACCAUCUCAAGGCCGAACACUUCAAACGGUCCUGUACCAUGUAGCAGUACGCGAACCAGUUCACUGCCACCGAAGAGAUCUUUGGUGAACCUGCAACACAACAACCUUUCGACAGUGAACAUAUCGCGACCACUGCACAGUCCUGCAUUUGUGCCUAGUGUGUUUGCAAGUGAGCCCAGACCAUCGAGCCGCAAUCAGAUGUCGAUCGAUCAUGCGCCUUCGACUCCGACGCAAGACCAGCGCCCCGCCAAUGCGAACCAGCAACAGAGCCCCUCUCCUGGAAGCAUAGCAGAAGUCAUUCGAAAGCAUGCAGCUAGUCAGCCUCAAUCAAUUGGGUCGACCUGCGGCCAGAAUGCGGCCAAAGAUAUGGGAGAACCAGAUUCGAAUCCAAGACGGUCACCGAAUGCAGCACUGGCGGCUGUCGCAGCAGCGAGAGCGAGAGUGGCCGCGCUCCAGAGCGCCGAACCAACCGCCGCUCCUUCUGCUGAAUCAGAAUCUCCAAUGAAGCGCGCUCCCAAUGCCGCUCUCGCAGCAGUUGCUGCUGCUGGAGCAACAAAUGUUGCCGCACUUCAAAUUAUCGAAUCACCACCUGCAAGCCCCCGUAUCAUGACCUAUGGAGUAUCUCCAAGCUCGGAAUCUGGCAGCAUCAGUCGCUCGCUGAUGACCGAAUUGCUGUCCCGGCAACCUUCAGCGCCGCAACAAAGCGACCCAGUUGAAACCUUGAGAAGCAUAUCAGAGCAACGGGAGGCCUUGCACGAAAAAUAUGCCAGCCUGAGGGUAGAGAGGCAGAAGGUGUCAAACAGCAUCAUCGCAAAGCUGAAGGAUCAGAAGCCUGACCUGGAGUACUGCAACAUGCUUCUGGACGAGCAACUGUCACUGGCGGCGACAAGCUCAUCUAUGGAUAUAUGCAUUGCGAAACUCAAGUCCUUGGAAUGUCGUAGGGAGGACACAAUAGCAGCACUCAUUGCACAGACAUCGCAGAAUAAGACAUCGCCUACCGACAACAUUGCGGCAAUGAUUGCAUCCAUGGCCAUUUCUCGCAAAACUUCUUUCGCACCUUCGAUGGAUUCGGGAAGCCGCUUCAUCCCGACCGGCCGUUCUACGCCUGACGUCCUUGUCGAUGGCUUCUCUGCGAAUCGAUCGACCUGCUCGAGCUUCCCGAGAACAGCGUCUUACGCCAGUGAUGCCGACAGUUACGACUACAGGCUUUCCGGAACCUCUAGAUCAGACGUUGCGGAUGUCCACUCAUCUGACAAUAGCCUCAAGAUAGGCGAAAGUCCACAAGCCAAGCGACGCACGCCGCUUCAUGAGCCCUCUGAAGCACUUGAGCAGCUGAAAGAGGAGAGUGACUCACUCAACGAGCCACCUACGGGAGUAGUUAGUCCUCUGUCGCGAGAAUCUUUCAUCGAUCAAAUGUCCCAUACGGACGGCAUAUCGCGGCCGUCCAGCUCAAAUACUUCGACAGUUGACGAGCUUUUCGAACCGCUAAAGCAAAUUCGUGUUGAUGGCGCCAAAGCUGCGAAGAUUCUUGGCAUGAUGUCUCAGGACGGACAAAGGUCUCCUCUGAUCAAAUUGCCAGAUGGCAUCGCCAAACCGAGUCCAGGACAGCAAACGGAGACCGAAGUUGAGAUCGAACUUGACUCAUAUUCCUACAAGCCAAGAGCCAGAGCUGCAGACCCGCCUACCAUGAGUCCGCUCAAAGACCUUGAUGCGCCUCUGAAAAGCCCCUUCUCAGGACAUGAUGACCUAGAUUCGCCAUCUUUGCAAGAUCUCGAUGUCCAGCUCGGGAACUUCCCUAAACCAGCUCCAUCGGUACCGCCAAAGGACAACAGCAGGAGCUUACCUCCGCCACCUUCGAUGCCACCACCUCCACCACCGAAAUACAGCAACACACACAGCGAACAGCAACAAAUGCGUAGACGCCGUCACGACUCUUCCUUGGACUUUCAGCAGCAGAAUUACAGCGUCGGAAGCAACACCAAACGACCGCUUUCACAAAAGUCUGCUCACACCAUACAGGUCUAUCUUGAUCACGAUCAGGACGACCUUCUCGAACUCUACAAAUUACGAAGUGCCGCCCUGGCUGUUUCAUAG